AUGGCCCCCACACCGAGCGCAGCUGAUAUUCAGAAACAACACGAAUUUGUAGGGGCUCCUGACCCUUUCCCGUCUCUGGUCGAUGCACCUGCUCAACCCCGUACUAGCGCACCGGCAAAGGAAGCUCUGGACACGGAUUCGCACUUGUCUUUCCCAUCACUCAAUCCUUCUGUUCAGCCUGCCGGUGCCCCCACUAGGUCUGCGUGGGGUGUUGAUUCAGGCCCUCGUAUCAAAGCCAACGUCAAGUCUCAGCCUGUGUUUGUGGACACAUUCACAUUGUCUGCUAUCGACCUUUCCUCGGCAGGUAGAGAUGGAAAGCCCAUUACCCUCGGCGAAGUUAUGAAGCAGGUCAUGACUAAAUACAAAGUCAGGCUCGAGGCCUCUACAAACCAGAAGACACGUCAAACGACCUUCCACAUGAAAGCUGAUUCUCAGAAGGACCUUGACAAAGCUAAACGUAGUCUCUUGGCUCUUCUCAGCCCGGUCAUCACUUUGGUUCUCAAUGCUCCCGCCUCAACUAUUGCUGCUAUAAUCGGUCCGAAAGGUGCUACACUAAAGCAAAUUCGUGAUCAAACUGGUGUUAGAGUCGAUAUCCCUCGCAAGGAGAACUUGGUUCCUACCACUAACGGUCACACCAACGGUGCUGCUUUUGGAAAGGUUACACCCGCUGACGAGGACGACGAAGACGAAAUUACCGUCCCAGUUACUCUCACCGGUCCUCAACCUCUGGCAUACGAAGCUGAGUCUUUGCUCAAAGAAAUCAUUUCCUCCAGGACAUCUAGGUCAACCCAACGCGUCCGUGACAUUCCGGCCCACAUCUUACCUUUCAUUACCGCUCGCCGCCCUCUAUUUAUGGAGGCAGCUCAAGGUGGAGACGUCAACUUGGCAUUGAACAGUACUGAGCGUGAAAUUACUGUCAGCGGUGAUCGGGAGAGUGUUGUUCGUGUCGUUGAGUCCAUCAGAAACACGGUUGAAACAUUCAAGACAGGUGUAACAUCACUCAAGAUUGCCCUCCCCAAGCGCCAACAUCGUUUACUUGUCGGUAAAGCUAUCGAUGAAAUCAUGGCUAAGAGUAAAUGUUCGGUCGUGGUCGCUCAACUCGAUGAUCCUUCGGAGGAAGUAACUGUCUGGGGUAAAGGAGAGGACUUACCUGCCGGUCUCGGUGCUGUUAUGGAAAAGGCCAACUCGCAGUACAUCCAUGAGUUCCCUCUACCGGGCCCCAUUUCACUCUCCAAACAACUGUUAACGUAUAUGACUCGCAUCGGGUACCCAAAGACAUUGAGCGCUGCGCACCCUGGUGUAUCGGUUUUCACUCCUUCGGCUGCGACUGUGGCUCAGGCUCAGGUUCUCAACAUCGACAUCGUCGGCGAAAAACCUGUGGUUGACGCUGUUGUCAGGAAAGUCUCUGAAUUGAUCGGCAAACUCAUUGGUGGUACGAGGGAAUUAUCCAUCGACUGGAUUGUUCAUCGCGUGAUCAUAGGCAAGAACGCUAAGAAGUUGAAGCAAUUCCACGAAGUGCACAACGUCCAGGUUUUCUUCCCUGCUGAAACAGCUGAGGAAUCUUCGGUCUUAUUAGUCUACGAUCCUUCGUCGCCUUCUGCCUCACUCUCUCCCGUCGAAAAAGAGAAGCACCUUGAAGAAGUCUCCAAGGAGCUGCUGAAGCUAGCCAAGGAUGCUGCUGACGUGAAAAGUCAAACCGUCUCUGUCGAGAAGAGAUGGCAUGAAGCAGUUGUUGGUACUGGAGGUACCACUCUUAAUUCCAUUAUCGGUGAAGACAAAACACUGUCAGUCAAGGUUGGUGCCGAGGCUGGCGAUAGUUCUACGGAGGACGUUAUCUUGGUCCGUGGAGCUAGCGCCGAUGUCGACCGCGCUGUCGCUGAAAUCCUUCAAAUCGUUGAAAAUGCAAAGAAUGAUGAGAUUGUAAACAGCUUCUCCACCGAGUUCGACAUCGAGCGUGAAUACGUUGGUCGCGUUGUUGGAGCUCAGGGAUCCGGCAUUAACAAGCUUCGUGACGUUCUCGGUGUGAAAGUCGACGUUUCGGAUGAGGUUGACGAGAAGGAAAAGGAAAAUGGCAAGAAAAAGAAGGCUCACCAAAAGUCAAAGGUCAAAAUUACUGGCAGGAAAGAAAAUGUUGAAGAGGCGAAGAGGCGAAUCAUUGCUCAAGUCGAGCGUCUCGCUGACGAAACUUCUGAGGUCCUCAAGAUUUCUAGCCAGUAUCACUCUUCUUUGAUCGGGCAAAACGGUAAAUAUGCAAUCAGGUUGGAAGAAAAGUAUUCUGUCAAGAUCACUUUCCCUCGCCAGUCGGCAGACAAUAGCGAAAACAGAACUCGCGAGCAGCUAAAGUCUGACGAGGUUCUGAUCAAAGGUGGCAAGAAGGGUGUUGCCUUGGCUAAAUCCGAGCUACUUGACGCCGUUGAAUUUGAGAAGGAGUCGAACAAUGUUCUCAAAUUCACAGUUCCCACUCGGUCUGUUGCGCGCAUUCUUGGCAAAGGUGGUGUUACUAUCAACGAGAUCAAGGACGAUACUGGUGCCCAGAUUGACGUUGACAAAGCCGCUGAUGAGUCUGGCACGCUAACUCAGAUCACAGUCCGUGGAACGAAGAAGGCCAUUGCCGCUGCCAAGACGUCUAUUACAGCCAUUGCGGAUCAGGUCGGUGAGGAGACUACGGCUUCUCUCACGAUUGAGCAGAAAUUCCAUCGUACGAUUAUUGGAGCCGGUGGUCAAGGUCUCAAGGAGUUAAUUGGUCGUUGUGGUGGUCCGUCGGACCCUAAGCUUCAGGCAGGACUCGUCAGAUUCCCUCGUCAAGGUGAACCUUCCGAUGAAGUCCGUCUUCGUGGAGAGCCGAAACUCGUCAACAAGGUUAAGGCCGAGCUGGAGAAGAUCGUCACCACCCUGCGAGACCGCGUUGUAAUGGCCGUUGACAUCCCUGCCUCUCAACACCGCAACCUGAUCGGAAGAGGAGGUCAGCACUUGAACGAUCUUCAGGCCAAACAUGGCGUUCAAGUCCAAUUCCCUGGAUCGCGCUCUUACAGUCAAGUUGGGGAACCCGACAAUGCUGCCGAUGUAGGGGAAACUGACGCUGCUAAUAUCGUCAAAGUCUCCGGUCCUCGUGCGGCGUGUGAGACGGCUAUUGAGGAACUGAAAUCUCAGAUCAAGCCUCCCGCUCCAGAAGGUGUCAGCGAGACUGUUUCCGUUCCUCUCAAGUACCAUCAUGUCAUCUCACAGCAGGGUAGCUUCUUCCGCGCCUUACGAUCUUACGGCGUCCAGGUUGAUCAGGAUGCCCACCCUCAAAAAUCAUACGUUCCCACUCGUCCCGUCCUGACUGAAUCUACUUCUGCACGUAUCGAUGAUGCUGAGGAGGAGUCAGCCCCAGAAAAUAUCUGGCAAACGGUGCCGAACUACCAAGAUGCAGAAGAAGGCGACUCUACUUGGACUCUGAAGGCAAGGGACUCUGCUGGAUUAGAACGUGCUCAAAAUGCAAUCCAGGAAGCCAUUGAGCAGGCCAAGAGCAUGUCUCAAGUUGGUUUCCUCACCCUUCCUGACCGUUCCACGUUCCCCAGAAUAGUUGGUUCAAAGGGUGCAAAUGUUACCCGUCUUCGUAAUGAAACUGGAGCAGAUAUUACGGUUAGCCGAGAGAACAGCACUAUUGUUAUCAUUGGUACGUCCAGACUGUGA